CGUUUCGUGAUCAGUCUUCUCUCUUAGUUCUACGCAUAUUAUUUAACGCCCCAAAAUCUAAAGAGAGAAAUGAGUUUAUGACCUACAUAUUCCUUAUCAAGGCUGAUCUGUCUGCCUCUCUGUUUUGCUACCAAUAUUUUAUUUCCACCCCCACUCCUCCUCCUUAUAUACCCUCCCUCUCUUCUCUCCCCCAAAACCUUUGUCUCUCUGCAGCUCACUUGUCCAUAGAAAACCACACUCAGAGAUUUCAUAGCCAUUGUUUCCGUUGGUUUUGCUCCAAAUGACAAUGAGCAACAACGUUAACCAGUUCGGCGACACGACAUUGACCAAAGUCUUCGUCGGAGGGCUGGCCUGGGAGACUCCCAAGGAGGCUCUGAGAGAGCACUUCGACAAGUACGGUGAGAUCUUGGAGGCCGUCAUCAUCUCUGAUAAGCUCACCGGCAGAUCCAAGGGCUACGGCUUCGUGACGUUCAAGGAGGCUGAAGCGGCUAAGAAGGCUUGCGAGGACGCCACGCCGGUCAUCAACGGCCGCCGUGCCAACUGCAACCUGGCCUCGCUCGGGGCUCGCCGCCCUAGGUCGGCUUCCACCACCACUCCUCCUCCUCAACGAGUAUCAAAUGGUGGAGGACCAAGGUCUAUGUCACCGGCGCCGGCGCCGGCACCUGCAAAUCACGUGCAAUGGUACUACCCGGCAGGGACUCCAGCAGCAGCUUCUGUACCAUUCCAUCACCAGCAUCAUCAGGCUGUUCCAUUCUAUGGAUACUCCCCAACCUACAUUGCAACUGAUAUGGGCUACAAUCACAAGCUGGGAUACAGUACUGGUGGGAGUUACAUGAAUGGGCAUUACUCUCCUCAAGUGUACCAUAGCCACCAGCCUAUGGUUGGUCCAAACACAUUGAUGCCAAUGUACCCUCUUUACCAUUAUCACCAUCAAUCACAUACAAUGGGGUUACCUGCCCAAUUCUUCCCCCCAACCACAGCAGGUCACGUCGCAACGGUCCCGGCAAUCAUGUCAAAACCGGCCUCAAUUGCUCCCAAUAACACAGUGUGCUUGGCUGUGGAAUAGCAGGGAACAGUUGGCCGAGAUCAGGAGAUGCGCUUUAAAAGGAAAAAGGAGCUGGCUGAAGUCCAAGAGAUGGAGGCAUGCAUCACUACAGAGUACUCUAUUUUAAUUAGUAAAUGGCAAUAACAAAGGGAACGUGGUGGCUGCACAGAGCUACAUUAUUAUCUCUGAUCUGUUCGGGCUCUGCUUUCCAAUUAUUAUUAUUAUUUUUAAUUUAAUUCAUAUCAUUCUUAUCUUUAGGGUGUUUGUAAGAUUCUUUCAUUCUCUUCUAUCUCUCUCCCUCUAACAUCCAUCUCAGACUGAGCUGUGAACCAUUGAAAGGAAAAGAAAAUUGUAACAGAAGAAGUCCUUGCUUAGCUAGCUUAAUUGUAUCCACGUUUCAGUAUCACCCAUGCCUUGUGGGUUGCUUUUCAUGCAUGCAUGGCUUCUUUAUGGAACUUUUUUCUGCACAAA